AUGUUUCAUCUAUGGCUUAAAAUUGUCAAAUUUUGCAUGUGCGUCGUAUAAAUAUUUUGUUUGUAAAUUUUAGAAAAAAUACAAAAAUUUAAUCAAAAACUCAAGAAAAUAUGAAAGUCAAAGUAAUUUGCCGAAAUCCAGAUGAAUAUUUGCGUGAAACAAAAACUGAUUUACACAAAGUUCCACGCAAUUAUGAUCCCUCCCAACAUCCACUCGAAUCUGUUCGAGAAUAUGUCCGCGCUCUAAAUGCCACCAAAUUAGACAAAGUAUUUGCCAAACCUUUUGUUGGCAAUCUAAGUGGCCAUCGUGAUGGUGUUUCCUGUUUUGGAAAGCACCCAAAUCGCCUUUCAACUUUGAUUAGUGGCGCCUACGACGGCGAAGUCCGUAUCUGGGAUUUAGCCAACAGAGCAAGUAUACGAAGCUUUGUUGCUCAUAGUGGUUUCGUUAGGGGAAUAGCUUUCUCUGUCGAUGGUUCAAAUCUUUUCACUGCCGGAGAUGACAAAACUGUUAAAAUGUGGCAUCUCGGCAAUGUGGAAGAUACAGAAAUCGAAGAACCAUCGAAUACUUUCAUGUCCCGAACCAUAAUCACUGGCAUCUCUCACAACAUCAAAGAAAGUGUCUUUGCAACUUGUGGUGAAGCAUGUACAAUUUGGGAUGUGAAUAGAAAUGAUCCCCUAAAGACUUUAAAAUGGGGCAAUGACAAUUUACACGCUAUUGCCUUUAAUCCGGUUGAGACAACUCUGCUGUCGGCUUGUGGAAGCGAUAGGAGUAUCAUUUUGUAUGAUAAGAGGGAAGCUCAACCCAUAAGGAAGCUUGUUCUCUCCAUGAGGAGUAACAAACUCUCUUGGAAUCCAAUGCAGGCCUUCAAUUUCACUGUUGCCAAUGAAGAUUGCAACUUAUACACAUUCGACACUCGCCAAUUGACUAAUCCCAUCAAAAUCCAUUAUGACCAUGUUUCUGCAGUCACCGAUGUUGACUACUCGCCAACAGGCAAGGAAUUUGUCACUGGAAGCUACGACAAGACAAUCCGAAUGUACGAUGUCCACAAGAGUCACUCCCGAGAAAUCUAUCACACCAAACGAAUGCAACGUAUUGCCUGCGUUGCCUGGAGUUUGGACAACAAAUACGUUUUCUCUGGAUCAGACGAGAUGAAUAUACGAAUGUGGAAGGCCAGAGCAUCGGAAAAGCUUGGUGUUGUCAGACCACGUGAACGAUCGAACUUUAAUUACCAGAAUACUUUGAAGGAGAAGUAUGCUGCCCAUCCACAAAUCAAACGAAUUGCCCGCCAUAGACAAGUACCCAAACAUGUCCUCAAUGCACAGAAGAAGAUGAAUGCAAUCAAGCAAAAGGAGAAAGAGAAGGAGGCAAAUAUUCGGGCACAUUCGAAGCCGGGUACGAAACCUUUUGUUGGAGAGAAGAAGAAAUUGAUUAUAAAAGAGGAUUAGUGUCAAGGAUGAGGGAGUUGUUUUAUAGAUUUGUAAAAGAAGAAAUAAAGUUUAUAAAAUUGAA